AUCUUUUAAGAGUAAUUCAUUCAUGGACCUUGAUUCCACCGUAUACAUUUUAGAAUAGGGUUUUUUUGAGUUUCUAAAGAAACAACAGGUAUUUUUAUUGGUAUUGCAGCUGCAAGAUUUAUAGAUAACUACAUGUACCAAGAAAAACCAGUAGACUCUCCAUAAACUGUUAGGACUAAAGGCCCUAGUGAAGUUGGUGGGUACAGUUUAGUCCACACAGACUAGGAAGCACUUUUUUAUCCAGCAGUCUACCACAAAGUAUGAUGAUGACAAUAAGAUAUUUUUGACAGCAGCAGGAAAAACUAAAAAUGUCUAGGAAUUAAUCCAACCAUGAGUACAGGAGACCUCUGUAGGAGAGGACCCAGGCUCUGGACUAGGGAGAGCUGGCACCAUAGAGGUGUCUCCUGCCCAAAUUAAUCUAUCAGGACUUUUUCAGCAUUGGUAUAAAGUUGUUUCUUGUUUUGUUUGCUGCUCCACCCCCAGCACUUACAACACAGCCCACAUGGAGAAGACCUUCAGUAGAUCUUUGUGGACUGAAUGAAGGGCACAGAUGCUAACAAAUCGUGGGCCCUGCCUUUCAGUUGGCAGGUUACUGUGAGACUUUCUAUGCUGCUCCUGGAUUUAACCACCAUGCUGAUGAUUGAUGAUGGGUGACUGUAAUCGAUUUCACUGUUCCUCUAUGGAUGACAUGCCACAGAACCUGUUCCUCACCAUCUGCUCUUUCCCGGGACAUGCGACUCUGCUCUGCUAGUUGCUCAGAUACCAUUUGCUUUUGACUCAAGAUGAUUUGAUGUCUUAUAAUAAACUUAUUAACCAUGAUGGCUACACAGACAUUAAGCAUAGACAGUUAUCAAGAUGGGCAACAAAUGCAAGUAAUAACAGAGUUGAAAACAGAGCAAGAUCCCAACUGCUCUGAACCCGAUGUGGAAGAAGUGAGCCCUCCCCCUAUGGGGUCCCAGACACCGAUGGAUGCAGACAAGCAGGCCAUUUAUAGGCAUCCACUGUUUCCAUUAUUAGCUUUGUUGUUUGAAAAAUGUGAGCAAUCCACGCAGGGCUCAGAAGGUACAACUUCUGCCAGUUUCGAUGUGGACAUUGAAAAUUUUGUAAGGAAGCAAGAGAAGGAAGGAAAACCCUUCUUUUGUGAAGAUCCAGAAACUGACAAUUUAAUGGUAAAAGCAAUCCAGGUUUUGCGUAUUCAUCUUCUUGAGCUGGAAAAGGUUAAUGAACUCUGCAAAGAUUUCUGCAGUCGAUAUAUUGCUUGUCUAAAAACGAAAAUGAACAGUGAAACUCUCCUGAGUGGAGAACCUGGAAGCCCGUACUCUCCUGUCCAGUCCCAGCAGAUUCAAAGUGCCAUCACAGGCACUCUCAGCCCCCAAGGAAUUGUGGUGCCUGCAUCCGCGCUGCAACAGGGUAAUGUAACUAUGGCAACAGUGGCAGGUGGCACAGUUUAUCAGCCUGUUACAGUCGUCACUCCUCAAGGCCAAGUAGUGACACAGGCGUUGUCACCUGGGACAAUCAGGAUCCAGAACUCCCAGCUUCAGUUACAGUUAAACCAAGAUUUGAGUAUCUUGCAUCAAGACGAUGGCUCAUCCAAGAACAAGAGGGGCGUUCUGCCAAAGCACGCCACCAGUGUGAUGCGGUCCUGGCUCUUUCAGCACAUAGGGCAUCCCUACCCCACAGAAGAUGAGAAAAAACAGAUUGCUGCUCAGACAAAUUUGACACUACUCCAAGUUAACAACUGGUUCAUCAAUGCUAGAAGACGAAUUCUUCAGCCGAUGUUGGAUUCUAGUUGUUCAGAAACUCCAAAAACAAAGAAGAAAACUGCUCAGAACAGACCAGUUCAGAGGUUUUGGCCCGACUCCAUUGCAUCCGGAGCCACACAGCCACCACCCAAUGAGCUCGCCAUGUCAGAAGGAGCUGUUGUGACGAUCACCACGCCUGUGAGCAUGAAUGUGGACAGCCUCCAGUCUCUGUCCUCAGACGGGGCCACCCUGGCUGUGCAGCAGGUCAUGAUGGCGGAGCAGAGUGAGGACGAGUCCGUGGACAGCCCGGGGGCUGGCGGGGCCGCACUCACCCCCACCCACAUCAGUGGGCUGGUUCUGGAGAACAGCGACUCCCUGCAAUAUAGAAGAGUGCACUUUUGUAUUUCAUAGCAAGCUCAAGGGCGUCUGUACCGGUGCAGCAACUUCUUUCAAGUGAGUGCGCGUGCGUGUGGGUCUUCAAGGAAAUUCUUUAAAGGUUUAACGCUAAGUAUGUGACAAAUGACAAACCCCCAUGAUCCCCUAAGUAGAUUAAGGAACUUUUAUAAAAAAAAAUUAUGCAGUUUUAAUGCGUUCUGUGGUUAAAGCAGGUCCCCGAGGGCUGACUUCUUUGUGUAGCCCACAGGUUUGAAAGAAGCUUCUGCACCUUAAAACCGCCAGUGCGAGGUGGACAAGACACGGCCAUAGACUGGUGUGACUCUGUGGUGAAUGUACAACAACUUCAGCACCUUUACGUUCUCUCAUAGUCAGUGAGCCUGUUUCAUUUGCUAUAUAUAAAAAGAAACUCCUAUUUUUACCUUGCUGGAAUUACUGGAUAAAAAGCUAUUUUUAUAAAUUCGUUAUGAAUUGGAUUAUGACUAUAUUGAGGAUAAAAUUUCUAGAGAAGAAAUCAUACAUGCUUACUAUUUCAAUUUGGAGUGUUAUGAAUUGACCAAAUUUAAUGAACCUGCCCCAAGAUAGCUAGGGUAGUAAUUUACAUUUACUACUACAAAAGAAACAAUUAUUUAAUGAAAUUUUGAUAUGUAGUCAAAUUUUAGUUUAUAUGUAAAUGCUCAGAUUUCAUUUUCCACUUAAUCUAAACAUAUAUCUAAAGGUAUUUGCUAAGUAGGACUUAGUUAAAUGAAAUGGUAGCCAGUAAUUAGUUUUUACCAUACAUAUUUCAGUCUAAUUUAAAUUUGACUACAGUUAAAUGGUGACUAUACCAUGUUAGCUGUGUGUUUUAGAAUUUUUUAGUCAGCCAUAUGUUAUACAUAGAAUGUUUAUUAUAAACAAAUAUAAAAUGCCCUGUCCCUCUGGCUCAGAGCUAGGGUAAAUCACAAACAUUCGGCUUCGUGUCAUAGUUAUAGCAGAUACCCAUGAAGUGACCGGGACUGUGCUGACAAGCGGUGCACGCUCCUGCUAUUGGCCACACAGUUACCCUUGGUCCUGGGCCGAGGUUUUCUCCUUGUAUGUGUUCCUCUGGAAUUUCCAGAGAUUUGGAAUAAUGUUAGGACUUCCAUUUCCUGGUGCCAAGACGCAUCAAAAUUGUAGACUAGGUUUUUUGUUUACUUUGGUUGUUUUCAUUUGGUCUCUUGCCAUUGGGGUUUUUUCUCAGAGAGAAAACAGGGCGCCUUGUUUGAGAGAGGAAGUCUGUAUGGAAUCUUACCUGUGACACCCAGAGUUCAGCGUGUUUCCAAAGGAGGGUCUCAUGUUGGGAAGGUCGUUAGUUCUUGAGAUUCAGCAGCAGGAACUGGUUAUGGGCCAGGUUUACGUUGAACGGCAUGCUGAGCUAGUGCAGAUUUUUUUCUGGGACUGACUUUUCCUUAAAAAUUUAUUAAUUAAAGUUAAUCAUAGGAAAGUACUUCCUAGAUAACCUAGAAGGCAGAAAGAAAUAAUAAAAUUCUUUUAGAGUAUUUCAGCAGCUUGGAAAAGCUUGACUGGCAGCUCUUUGGGGAGAGCAUACCAUUUUAAAGUAACUUGCAUUUCUUAUUUAUAAACAGUUUUUAAUAUUUUAAGUCUACAUAACUUUCAAAGAUCAUUUUAGCUUUACUUACAUUCUUACUUUGCUGGAUUUCACAAAAUGAGGAUCUGUGGAAGCCAGCCCUGCCCGCCUCCCCCCGCCUGCCCUUUGUCCCUCUGGGCCACCCUGCUCGUUGGUUUAGGAAAAACAGUCAGGGAAUGUAGGCUCCUUACAGGUCAUUGUUUCUCUCCCCACCAGAAACCAUGGCACUGAGGCAGCAGAUGUUAGCCGAGGCUGCACACACCGCGUCAGUUUGGAUGCGGCAUGUCAGGGUUCGCAUUGGCCUGGAUUCAGCUUAUGUGCCCAGUGACAAGGCGUGCGCCUCUGCAGCUGAAGUGGUGGUCUUAGCCCUAAGCUCUUGUCACUGCCUGCAGGGGGCUAGGGCAAAGGUAAUUAGAGAGAGUGUUGGCAUGGAUAGGCACAGCCUGAGGUUUUUCUAACAUCUUCCCUUAUUAACACCUGACAUGGCUGUUUGGGUCAUAAAACCACUGCCCAGUAUGCUUGUCAUUUUCCACCUUAUCAACACCCAUUUUCCAGACAUUGGAGAGAACCUGUGAAAGUACCUUUUCCAUUGAAUUUUUACUGUAACAAACAGAUCCUUUGUUGUUCAAUUCUUUCCUUGUGAAGGAUGCUUUUGAAUGUUUUGAGACCCCAGGUAAGCAUGUUGUCCCUGCUGGUCAGCUGGAGCAGAUAGCUGGACCGGCUUUGCUGCACCCAAACAACUCCAGCUGAUGGACUAACCCAGCUUUCAACCUUUGGUUCCAGAUGGCAAGAUACGCUUCAGCAUUUAUUCCGUGUGCAAAGGAAUCAGUUCUGUGUCACCUCUCGGGUGACUCUACUCUGACCUGCGUGAAGAGUGCUGAGGCACUUUUUUUUUCAAACUUAGACAAACCCAGAAGGUGUGACAGGCCCAUUUUUGGCAGUUAGUGACAGAAAUGACUCAGCAAUCUUCCUUUGUUUUAAUUAUGUUUGGUCUAUGAACUGACAAUCUUUAAAACGUGAAUACUGUAACAAUAUGUUUUCUUGGAUUAUUGUCUUUAAAGGGGAUUUUUGUGAAGCAAUUGAUUUAUCAAAGCAAAAAAAUUAAAAAUAGAAACACACUU